CUCACAGCCCGGGCAGCAGAGGAGCUCCUGCCCCCCGCCUGGCGCACCGCGGCUGCCGCCUCCGAACUUUCCUGCGCCGCCGCCAACUUUAUCCGGAGCUGUGGCCCCCGGGGCCCGGGAUUACCGCGGAGAGGAUUUGCCGUCCCCGUUGAACAUGACGUGACGUCUGAAGGAGCGCAAAACUCUGUUCCUCACCAUGGAGCUCAAAGUAUGGGUAGAUGGGGUCCAGAGGAUCGUGUGCGGGGUGACUGAGGCGACCACAUGCCAAGAAGUUGUCAUCGCCCUGGCACAAGCCAUAGGUCGCACAGGAAGAUACACUUUGAUAGAAAAAUGGAGAGACUCAGAGAGGCACCUGGCUCCUCAUGAGAACCCAGUGAUCUCUCUAAAUAAGUGGGGACAGUACGCAAGUGAUGUGCAGCUUAUUCUGAGGCGUACCGGGCCGUCUCUUGGUGAACGUCCUACGUCAGACAGCAUUGCCCAUGUGCCUGAAAGGAACUUGUAUAGGCAAAGUCUGCCCCCUCUGGCCAAACUGAGGCCACAAAAUGAUAAAUCCAUAAAGAGGCGUGAACCAAAGAGGAAAUCUUUAACUUUUACCGGUGGAGCCAAAGGACUUAUAGACAUUUUCGGUAAAGGCAAAGAGUCUGAAUUUAAGCAAAAGCUGCUUAAUAACUAUAAGACGACAGGCGAGGACUUAAAGAAACUCAUCCACUUACAGUCUGAAAAGCUCUUGACCCUCGAAAAGCAACUGGACUCCAGCAACGCUGAGGUGCAAUAUUGGGAGCAGAAGUACAAGUCCGGUUUGGAGGAGGAAAUCGACAAGUGGGAGCAAAAGAUCAAAAGGAACGAUGUGGAGAUCGGGGAAGAGGAGUUCUGGGAGAAUGAGUUCCAGAUUGAGGUGGAAAAUGAAAAACAACUCAAGGAACAACUCCAGGAGAUGACCCAGCGCAUGCUUCAAUGUGAGAACCAGCUGAAGGACUACCGGAGCCAAAUCCAGAAUAUCGAAAGUGGGAUUGAGGCCGAGCGGUUGCAGAUGGUUGUACAAGAGGCCCAAAUUAAUGAAGAAAUUGUCAGGGGCAAGAUUGAGAAGAUCAGAGGGGAGCUGGAGAUCCAGGGGCAGGAAAGUAUACGGCUGGACAACGGCGCCAAGGCUGUAGAUCGGUCGCUGGGACAGUCUGCAAAAAGGUUGUUGGAGCGGGAGCAGGAACUUGAACAGUUGACCAAAGAACUCCGACAAGUGAAUCUCCAGCAGUUUAUCCAGCAGACUGGAACCAAGGUUACGGUACUGCCCGCUGAGCCCAGCGAAACUGAAUUUACACAGCCAGAAAAAGAGCCAGCAUUCCAGUCAGGGUCUCUAAAACGGCCCGUGACAUCAAGACAACUUCCAAGUAACCUAAGGAUCCUCCAGAACGCCUUGUCAUCAGGCUUCAACCCAGAGGGCAUCUACGUAUAACUACACGUUGCUUUCAGAUGGACUUUACAAAAGGCCGGCUGUGGACAUUUCUUACAUUUCUAUAACGCCUACCUUGAAGAGUAGAGCGUUCUCUCCAUCAUCAUUCACUUCAGGCUUUAGAAGUGUUGAAACAUGUCCUGCCCCCCUCUGCUCCUGGAGCCAUUAUUUGUGCGACUCUUUGUGAGGAAACCACAGAUGGAAGCCGAUAUCGAGCAGUAUGACAUUGCUGAGGUGUUAACCUGAGGUUGACGCUUUUAUUCUAUUUCCUUUUUGAAUACUAUUUUUGAAGUAUUAUUUGAUAUGGAAUGAAAGACUGACUGGAAACGUCUACAGAAGGGUUAAAAGUCAUAUAAAUAUAUAAAUAUAUUUUUUCCAUCAGCUCAUGAAUUUGGUAUCUCCUACCAAUGAUAAGACAAUACUGUAUUUGUUAUAUAUCUUAUGUCCAGUAUUUCAUUGUACUUUUAUUUUCUGCGCAAUCAUCCACCGGAACAGUGUUACUAUGAAGCACAUAGAAACUUUUUCAUGCGUUUGUUCAGUGUAAGCUUCAUUUAAAGUAGGGAUGACAGUAUUAAAUCCUGAUGGGCACAAUGAUGGUAGUGUAUUCCAGUCUAGUACUUAGGGGACUUGCUGGUCAGAUAUUUUUUAUUUAUUUUUUGGGCUGUCAAGCGUUCUGGUCCAAAAAAUGAAGACCCUUGGGAAAAUUUACUAAGUAAAAUUGCUACAGAAUUCUGUCCCAAAUUGCUCCCAAAAAGCUGGCGUAGGAAAGGGGCAUGGCUAAGCAGAUUUAUAACGUGCACCCAAUUAUUUGGUCACAAGCGUGGCGUAAGGAAAAGUUUCUAACUUACCUAGCAAAAUGUGCCAUAUUGAUAAAUUUUGAGCCGUUUCUGCCUGCCUCAUCUAGAUUUAUAUUAUCUAAAUGUUGGAAAGUAAUAAAAACUCUGCCCCAGUAUAAUUGCCCAACUUUCAGGACUCCCGUCUGGUACUGUACAUCUGGGUGCCAGAUUAUUGGACUUUUAGUGUAUGUGGCUCCAAGUGGAUUUUUCUUUAUUUGGAAUUAUGAGGGUAGCUAACUCUUCCAAGCUGUUCCAUAUUGUAAGGACCAUUUUUAAUUAUUGGCCCCUUCAAUAAGGUGGGCAAGAGUAAUGUACCUGCUAUCGGACCAGUAGCCAACACUAGCUGAAGCUCAGUACAGUGAUUUUUUUAAAGCUUCCAUUAAUUCCAGUGGCAACUGUAUAAAUUCAUAUGCACUAGGCCCCCCCCUAGUGGUGGCUGCAGGCAGCCAGGAUAUUCAUGUGCUGAAGGGUAGCUGGAAACAUAGAGCUGUAUAGGGGAGACUUAUCCUUGUAUUUAUGGCAGUUGACUGGUGUAAGUAGUAUUUUUUUUUUUUUUUUUUUUUUUUCUCCACUUUAUAAGGAAAAAAAAACAACUUUAAAUUUGUCAGAAAUGUAAUGGCGAUAGGGAGAGGCAUACAAAAUUUUGGAGCCCUUUGCAAUGUGUCUCCGCCCCUGAUGUGGCUGAUCAAAAAAGUGGUGGCCCAAGGGAACCAAGGCAGGGCUUGAGGCAUCUUGCUAUUGGUUCUGGAAAUAUCCCAAUUUUCCAAUGGGGAAUGUGACCCAGACAGGCCCAUGAGAGUCCUUCCCAAAAUUUGUCUGCCUUUAUUCCCAAGGGAUUUUUUUUAUUGUUAUACCACACAGAACCAUUAAUGCUAACAAUUUACAGUAUGAUUCUUUUCCUUUGGCACUGAUCAUAAAUGAUUCUGAAUUACCAACCCAAAUUAGAAGUAAGUUUUUAUGUUAGUAUUUCAUAAGUGAAGCCAUGGAACCCUUUCUGUCUGCUUUGGAUCUUUUAAGAUUCCAAGUUAUCAGAAUGUCUGGAGAAUCGAAUGCUGGAUUAUGGGAUGAAAUGAACACUCCAGCUCAUUAUUUCUAUCCACUCUAGAAUGUAGUUCUAUACAUUCAUAUGUAUUGUUGCCAAACAGCGGACAAUCUGCUUGCUCCUUCCCGGAGCUCGGAGACACCCCGCAAAGGUUUGAAGCAUAUCAUGUAGCUAAUGAUGACUAGGUGGUCGUAUCCGGGGAGGAGUCCGAGUGCAUGGAAGAAGUAUUCACGCACAGUGUGAUCCACUAGAAAGGCACAAUAGCUUUAUAAGGUCAGAAUGUGGACACGUUUUGUAUAUGUAUUUUUACCACGUUUUUCACAUUUCUAAUGAAAUCAAGGGUGUAUUGUAUUCUACAUUCCUAGAGCUUUGCGCUAGCACCUGGUUUUUGUUUAUAUAUUACCAGGCAUCCAUUUUGUGCUGAUCAAUUCAAAAUGGCUUCCUAUAUGGGGAUAGUAUGUUACAGUGCAGGACUAAUAUAUGGGACCUGCAGGUUACUUGUAUGUAUGGUUAUGCACACUUUUUCUUGUAUUUAUUUUACCUGCUAGCCCAAUUAAAAGGUCCAGUCCAGUGAGAAAACUUAAAGGGCUUGUCCAGCUUUAUGGCCAUUUUGAAGUAGCCCCAGCAGCAUAUUGUACCUAGUGACAAAUACUUACCAGCUUCCUGCCCUUCUGGCACAGUGGCUCCAUUCCCCAACCUUCUGAUCCCUGGCCUGUAAACUUCCAUACAGGGUCACUUGUGCCUCUGCAGCCAAUGAGUGGCUUCAGUGGUGACACUUCUCCAAGCGGCACCUCACUGCUGGUUCACAUGCUGUGUAGUAACAGGUUAUUGAGUCCAAUUGUUGGCUACAGCGUUAGCCAGCCAGACCUCAUCCAGAAGUUUACAGACCAGGCACCAGAACUCUCUGCUGGGGCUACUUAAAAUGGCCAUAAGUCUGGAAAACCCAUUUAAAGUGAUUAUCCAGGACUUUAUAUUAAUGUCACAUACUUGCCAACAUAUAAAAGGGGAAUAUAGGGGCAUUUAAGGCCCACCCCUUGAACCACCUAGGAGCUCUCAUCAGGAGUAGUGAGAAUAUUCUGCCCAGGGCAGAGCUUCACUGUGAUGUGCUCUUUGUAUUGAGCUUAUCACAGCCCCGCCCCUCUGCUCUCAGUGUUUUGUUUGGAAGGGAGGGGGAGGGGCUGUGAAGCAGGUGAAAGCGGAGAACACAUCAAAAUGAAACUCUGCCGGGGCAGAAUAUUCUCGCUACUCCUGAUGAGAAUAGUUUUAAGGUAUAUGACCACAUGUUGCAAUUUUCAGAGAAAGUGUCAAUAACAGCAAUUCACAUGACCAUAUUUCUGAUCCUCAUUUGCUCCGCAUUUUUUGCACGGAUCAGAGGAGGACCCGUUCAUUAUGGGGACACGACAAAUGCGUACACUGUGUGCUGUCCGCAACCGUAUGUCCGUUCCA